AUGAAAUUGCGUUUCCAUGGCACAACGGUAAAUAAAUUGAAAUUCAUUUUCCACUGCAGCCGGACCCCACUGAUCAGAAAAACACGUUCUCCUGUCAUCUCUACCCUCAUCUCUUCAGUUCUUCACGCCAUCAUCAGUCUUCACGCCCAAAUAUUCAUCUCAUCUCUCCUCUCCUCUCUACUCUCUCCGAACUCCAUUACUCCUCUCACCCACCUCCAUUACUGCUCUGACCCAUCAAAAUUCCAUCUCAGCCCUCACGGAUCUGGCGCCUUUACUCCUAACAUAGCUUCAUCAACGCGUCAAACUCCCAAUUUUCGAAGAAACCCCUAUUUUGCUAAGGACGCUCUGUUGCCAAGGAAAAGGCAACUCACACAGUCUGAAGGGGUCGGUCAGAUGGACGCCUCACUCCCUUCCUCAUCCACCUCUCGAGUUCAUUACAGAGCCCCUGCUUCGUCCUCUGCUUCGUCCUCUGCUUCCUCUUCUGACCGUGCUCCCUUACUGAUGGAUGAUUCCGACGAUAAGAAGUGGCCUGAAGCAGUCGAGAGAUAUUUUAUUGACAUCUUGUUAGAAGAGGAUGCUAAAGGGAAUAUGCCCCAAGGCCAGUUCAAGACUGGAACUUGGACAGCAGUUGUCAAUGAGUUUAACAAGCGUGCGUCUAAGAGUUACACCAAGGCACAACUUACCCAAAAAUAUCAACGGCUGAAACAGAGACACCGCACUUUCUCCCAGCUCAUCGCACGUACCGGAAUGGGAUGGGACCCCAUUUCAAAUACAGUGACGGCCAGUGACGAAGCUUGGGCUGCUGCAUUUGCGGUCAAUCAUAAAUUCAAGGACUUCAGGAAAAAGGGGAUGAGACACUAUGAGCUGUUGGGCCCUCUUUUCAAUUCAAACACAGCCACGGGUUUCCUGCAAAUGUCAUCUGCCCAACCAGCUCCCAAUAGUGAUGAAGAGAGAGAACUUGAUGCAGCCUUUCUAUCUGAGGGGGUACAUGUCAAUGUCAGCACCGACGGUUUCGAUGACGUGGAGGAGCUGCCCACACCGAGUGAAGCCCAAAGCCGGAGGCAAGCUGAAAAACGGCCAGCUGAAGCAUCUCAUUCAAGUGGAAAAAGGAAGAAAGGGCACUCCCUUGAAGCCAUGACUGAGGCAAUAUGGGGUUUUACUGACAUGAGGACCCGUCGGGGGAAAAAGUCCAUCGACACAGGAGACUCUGCUGUGGGGGCUGCCAGUGAGUCAGUUACAGCAGCUGUAACUCUUCUGAACCAGCACACCGAUGUCGAUCAUGUCACGUAUUGCAAGGUCGUGCAAGAACUUCAUCAUGCCAAGAGUAGAGCCGCUUUUUUUGCCAUGACGGCUGAUAGAAGAAGGGCCUGGAUUGACUUUAUUGGGGGUGGAUUGCAGUAGUGGUGGUUGUGGUUGACAGUGUAGGAAGUUAACUAAUGAUGUGCCUAAGUGUAGACAGCCUAGAAAGUUAGUUAGUAGUCUUAGUUUGGUUUAAUGUGAAUACGCAAAGUUUGUAUUAUGUUUAUACUAUGAACAAUGUUUGCUUUAUGCCUUCCUUUGUUAUGUUAACCUCCUUGGGACA